UUCCUUCCUCUGCCUUCUUCUCCCUUGGAGCAAGGAGCUGGCUCCUUGACGCUGAUGUGCCCAUGCCCAUGUGUGUGAGUGCCCACCCAUAUAUAGCUUUCUCCCUCUGGCUCCUUGUCCCCUUGCCAAUCAGUUGAUCCGUCCAGCACCAGCAAGCAACCGGGUUCAGGUUCAAGUUUGAUCCUCUAGCUUUUUCGGUUGCGUCCGUCGAUUCGUCUGCCAUGGAGGGAGGAGGCGUUCCUUCCGCCCAGGACGUGUGGGACUGGGAGGUGCUGCCUGACGAGCACAGGAGCUUCUACGCCGAGACCAGGGCCGCAUCCCGUGCCCACGACGGCGGCGAGGUUCUUGCCGAUCACGAAACCGAGGAACCGAUCCUGCCUCCCCCGUCACAAGUCGACGCUGAUAAUGUUGACGAGUGCAAGGACAUCGGCGUCGACGUCGACGUCGUGCCGGCCGGGGCCAGAUCAACCCAAGAGGAUGAGGAACCCGCGGCGCCGGAGCUGCUAGUCUCUGACGGCGACGGAGAGGAGAAGUUCCAGCCCUGUGUCGACGCCAAGGAGGUGGACGAUGAUGGCAAGCAGAUGGCGGCGGCAGAGGCAGUGGAGUCAGAGCUUCCUCCUCACGAGUUCGCCGCGGGAGAGGAGGAAGAGGGCAAGAAGGAGGAGGACGGGGCGCCGCCGGAGUGCGUGGUGUUCAGCGUGGGGAAGCUGCGCGUGAACGCGGUCGGGGCGCUGUGCUCGUUCGGGGUCGCGGCGGCCACCGUCUGCGUUUUCCUCGUCGGCGGCAGGCUGCAGCACCAGAAGCAGCACCAGCACCACCAGCAGCAGAAGAUCCAGCUGCAGUUCCUUGGCGAUGAUAAGAGAAUUCAGCAGGUGGUGCAGCAGACAUCGAGGCUGAACCAGGCUAUGUCAUCUAUGAUGGGGGCAGGCGCGUCCACAAGGGCCAACAUAUCGUUCGGUGGCUUCUACGACGGCUUCUGAUCCACCCGCCCGUGAUUCAACUCUCGGAUCAAGCACAAGCUGCUGGAUUCAACUACGUAGAUCUGAUGAAGAAAAAGCUAGCUCAUGUUAUAGCAAAUCGACAGCCUUGUUAGUAGUUGUCAUGUACUCCAACGUAUAACAUAGAUCACGCCACCUGCAAAAACAAAAAAAGACAUAGAUCACGUGUUUGUACAUAAUGCACGAUAUACUGGAUGUAAAUAAUUGGGAGUGUUGGACCGUGGCCGGGGCCGGCUGUAUGUGUAUGCACAUGAGGAUGGAUUCAUUAAUAGAUUUGUUAUUAAGUUCA